AUGUCGUGCUGCGGCCCAAAGUCCUCCUUACCAAACGGAAAGGCAAAAGAGCAGGAAACCCAGGAUGGCGUGCAUGCAUCCGUACAGGAGUACUACGGCAAAGUGCUGAAGAGCAGCAAGGACCUAAAGACGUCCGCAUGCACGGCGACUGGCCGGCCGCACCCGCUGCUGGUGCGGCUGAUGGGCAGGCUGCCAGCAGAGGUUCUUGACAAGUUCUACGGCUGCGGCGCGCCUGUGCCGCUGGGCAUCGAGGGCCUGCGCGUGCUGGACCUGGGCAGUGGCUCCGGCCGUGACUGCUACCUGGCUGCUGCGCUCGUUGGCGAGGCCGGCUCUGUCACUGGGGUGGCGAGGCGGCAUGCCAGCGAAUACUGCCAGGGAACGCUGGGCUACAAGACAGCAAACAUGCACUUUGUGGAAGGGCACAUAGAGCUGCUGGACCGCGCAGGCAUCCAGGACGAGUCAGUUGACAUCGUCAUUAGUAAUUGCGUUGUCAACCUCAGCCCUGAUAAGCCCCGUGUGCUAGAGCAGGCAUACAGAGUGCUUGCUCCUGGCGGCGAAAUGUAUUUUAGCGAUGUUUAUUGCGACCGGCGGCUCCCAGCAGAGGUGCAGAAGGAUGAGGAUUUUGAGAGGCUGGCAAGGGCUGCAGGCUUCGACUAUCCUGUUGUGCUGCAGAAGGCUCCCAUAGAGAUCAAUGACUCUGACAUGCGCGCUCUGCUCGGCAAUGCCCACUUCUGCAGCAUCACCUACAGGCUCUUCAAACUGCCAGGGCAGCUUGAGUCUGCCUGUGAGGACUAUGGCCAGAUUGCCAUUUACAAGAUCAUUGGCGACAGGUCCACGCAUUUUGGGGCGUUUGGAAAGCCUGCUCCCGAGACUGAAGAGACAGUUACAGCAAAGAUGGCAGGGUCUUGCUGCUAGCUAUAGCCAUUCAGCACAGCUGGCAUUCACAGAUUCUUUCCUUCUGGGUUCUCCUCAGGAGUACUAUUAAACAUUCAUGCUGUCCGUAUGGCAGCAGUCAGUGACUGAAAGGCGCUGGGUAUUGCCUUCUUUCUUCAUGACCGCACACUGGGAGCCAUAUCUCUUUUACAAUGGUACCAGUCUUGCGCUAUCAGAAUUGUGUUUGCGCUUGCCAGGACAAUUCAAUCGCACAGCCAGCUACCAGUUGGUUCCAUGCCGACACUUACGGGUGUGCCCGAGGUCAGUUCUUUGUUAUUCUCACAUCAUGAGGGAUCCCACAAACUUUUUCGCCUGAAUUUUGUUUGUAAUUGAUGAAAACUUGUAGAAGGGAUUGCGCUC